AUGGAUAAGAAAAUAGUGAAGAGCUUCAGUCAUCAGAGUAUUAGAACUCAAAGGCCAGCCACAACACCCACUCCUGCCCCUUUUCCUUCUUCCAAAACCACUGAAGAAGACCUUCUAGACUGGAAGCUAAAAUAGCUUAAAGAAAGAGAAGGAAUUCUUACUCCACCUCAAACUGACCAGAGAGAUGUUUCAAGAACUAGAUAACGAGGCAGCAAUGACCAAGAGAGACAAACUUAUUGGCAACACCAAGAGUAAGGACGAGCAGGAAGAAUACCAGACCAUAAUCGAUCAGCUAUUACAACCAAGCAAAGCAAGGAAAUAAUUUCGUCAGGUUUUCCCACUGCCAUCAAGGGUUUUUGGAAUACCUCAUACAAAAGAGUAAGAUCGAAAAAGUCAAGAAAGAGCAAGAAGAAAUUCAGCAAAAUAAGAAAAUUUUUAAAGUUUUAUCAAAGAAACCGAUCCAAAGAACCAAAAGUGGAGGAUUGAUUAUUGAAGAAGAUAAAUCAGAAAGUGAGAAGUCUUCCAAUAGACUUAUGGAUCCAAUUGGGCAUAUAAAAGAAUACAAAACUGCAUUAGAUUGUAAGCAAUCUAUGCUACCAGACUAUAAUGAUAAUAUUGUUGAAUAUUUCGACCUAGACCAUACUGGCGACCCGAGUCGAGGCAUUACUUCUGCAGACAAUACUAAACGGGCUGAUAAAUUAUCUUUAGAAAAUACUCGCAAAGUCAACAAGUUUAUUAAAAAGAUAAAUUUUGAAAAAUUUCAUAUCCAUUAUUCACCAGAAAUGCCAGAUUGGGAAAAAGAGAUGAUCCUUACUAAGAUUAAUACUUCAAAUAAGAACCAAAGAAAGACUCAUAGAAGAAUGUCUGUCUUCACUCGAAUGGACGAUAUCAUUAAGGAAGCAAGAGAAAUAGGCAAAAAGAAGGAGGAAAGACCUGAAAGCCCAAAAGGGUCUUUUCCUUUCUCAUUUGGAAAGCGAGCAAAUUCAAAGAAGAAACACUCUACUAUGAAUAAAAUAAAUCUGCAAGUAUCCCAAAGGUUACGUAGAAGCCGUAGAGGGCUCAAGAUAAAAUCAGCUAGAAAAUUAAUGCCUGGGUUUGCAUCUAAAUCUAAAAUGACUGAAAAUCCCAAGAAAUCAGAUAAGAAGAAGUGACGGACUAAUUCGAUGGACUUCUUCCCUAGUUACAUUCUAUCCGAUAAGCUAAUCAAAUAAGGACAGAAUGUUAAGAAGAAUUAACUGUGACUUUAAAGAGUCCUUAGUCGUCCCGUUUAGCUAUAUUCUCAAGAAUAAAAAGAAGAACUCAAGUAUGACCCAAAGGAAUGAUAAGGAAUCAUGCAUACAUCUGAAGCAAAUUGAAGAGGUUCCGAGCGAGGCUCAUUCUCUAAGCUCUGAGCAAUGCCAUUUUGAUUCAAAUCCUACCUCAAGUGAAGCUAUCCGAAUAUCUCCAAAGGUUAUCAACACCCCAGAUUCUAAUAAGAGAAAGUUUACUAUAAGCUCAGUAAGGUCAAAGGACUCAAGAUCUUCCGUACUGAAGUCUACUGCUGUAGAUUUCGAACAAGAUGCUUCAACAGUUGAUAGAAUCAUCAAAGACUGCAACAAAAUAUUCAUUCGAGAUAAAGAAUUCACAAAAUUACAUGAAAUAGUAUUUAGAAAAACCAAGAAAGCUAAACCACACAAAAAGAAGAAACAGCAGAGGAGAGCCAAUAAGUAGUCCAUGAAAGGAUAACGAAGCCAGGGAUCAUCUUUUAGCCCUAAAAUUCAAU